CACAUUUCCGUUCAGUUUGAAGUUUUAGCGCUAAGUGUGGAGCCACGAUGUCGCAUCUUGGAGUCUCAUUUUAUGUGAUCUCCGUUUUUAUUCUCGGAGUCUCUGACAAAGCUCUAACAGCAACGAUCCAAACACAGCAGACUGUGCUGGCAGCAGUGGGAGAAGAUGCUGAAUUCAGCUGUCAGCUCUUGGAGACUAAAGACGUCCUUCAGAACUGCUCCAUAGUCAUCAGGAAUGUGACGGUGCAGGAUGAAGGAUGCUAUCACUGUUUGUUUAACACUUAUCCUGAAGGCUCCUUCACGGGUAAACCCUGCCUGCAAGUCUAUGAGCUGCAUGAACCUGUUGUUGAUGUCAGAGAGUCAAACUCUACUGAAGAGUGGGUUGUUUCCUGUUCAGCCACUGGUCGACCUGCUCCCACUGUAACACUCAGUGUCUCACAACAAGACCUCAACUUCUCACAGUACAACACUGUCAGUGUGUCCAACACCAACGCUACAUUCACUGUCACCACUACAGCUGUGCUCUCAGGUUCACGUAAACACAGCACACAGGUGGGAUGUGCAGCACGAGUGCUCUCUGCUCCUCACAGAGAGGUGAUGGUGACGAUUCCUGAUGAUGAUGAUGAUGGGUUUAAUGAGAAAUCAGGAUCUAAUCAAAGAAAUUUAGUUCUGAGGAUUUCAGUCAUGGUGGUCUCUGUGUUGUUGGUUGCCUGUGGUUUUUUAGCUCCACUCAUCUUUCUCCUGCUCAGAAAGAAAACUCAGAGCAGUCUGUCACACAGGGAGACAGUUAAAAUACCUGAAAUCACAAUCAGAGACAAUCAGGAGCAUGAAACGCCUUCAGUCAACCAAAGUGAAAACAGGCUUAAAAAGUGGAGACCACCUGAAACCAACUAAACCAUGAUCCAACCCUUUCACCUUCACCAGCACAAACACAUGCUUUUUGACAGCCUUGACUUUUUUUGGGACUGCAGGUUUUGCAGAUACACGGUCUUUUCUGGAUAAACAUAAGCUUUGUGUGGAUUUGCAGUGUAGUGGUUUGUGCACCUGACUGAACAGCAGAAGAUCUCUUAUUAGCAGCUCACACAUUUGUUUACUCAGCAGGAAUUUGUGUUUUUCAAAAGCUGAACUGAAUGUGAUUGAAGCCAGAGUUUACAGUUUACUUGUGUUGCGUUUUCUCGACUUUCCUGUUUUACAGUGUGAUGUUAAGAUUUGAGACAGAAAAAAACAGAUUAAUAAUA